AACAAAUUUUGUGUGGACUUAAAUUAGGUGACUCAAGUUGGCAAAAAUUAUUGAAGCUCUCUCCCAUCCAUGGUUGACUCAGCAGUGUGAAACAACAAACGACAUGUCAUUGACAACUAACUUAGCAAAGUCAACAAGAUAAUAUCAUAUUCAUAUACUCCAAUAUCACUUAGUGCUUUCUUUCCUUGUCGGUGCUUCAAGAUAGCUUAGUUUCACAGUAGACAACUCAAACAACAAAACAAUCUCUCAUUCAUCAGAUCCAAAACCUUUCCCUGAAAAAAUGACAAGGUAAGUGUUUCUUACUUUGUUGCAAGUUGAAACCUUAUCUAAAUGACUAAAACUAGUUGUAGCAGUAGAAUUAUCAAACUCUUGUUGUUCAUUAUUUCUUUAUUGCAUGUUGGUUUUGCUCUUUCCUCUGAUGGAUUGACUCUGUUGUCUCUCUUGACACACUGGACUUCUGUUCCUACCCUCAUCAGCUCAAGCUGGAAAGCUUCUGAUUCCAAUCCAUGCUCAUGGGUUGGUGUUCAAUGUGACCAUACCAAUAAUUUGAUUUCCCUUAACCUUACUAGUCAUGGAAUUUUUGGUCAACUUGGAUCAGAAAUUGGGAACCUUUACAAUUUGCAGACCCUUGUAUUGUCAGGUAAUGGUUUCUCAGGAAAAGUCCCUUUAGAGUUAAGUAACUGUAGUUUGCUUCAGUAUUUAGACCUUGAAGGUAAUAGAUUUAGUGGAAAUAUACCAUAUAGUUUUAUAAACUUGCAAAAUUUACAGUUCAUGAGAUUGUCUGCCAAUAUGCUCACUGGCGAAAUUCCGGAUUCUUUGUUUGAAAUUCCUUCCCUGAAAGAACUGAGCCUGCAUAGUAAUCUUCUUAGUGGCCCUAUUCCAACAAGUAUCGGAAACUUGACUCAACUAUUGAGGUUGUAUCUAUAUGGUAAUCAGUUGUCAGGGACUAUUCCUUCAUCCAUUGGUAAUUGCAGUAAAUUAGAGGACCUAGAAUUGUCUUUCAACCGAUUGAGAGGUGAAAUUCCGAACAGCAUUUGGAGAAUUCCAAGUCUUGUGAACAUAUUGGUUCACAACAACAGCCUCUCUGGGGAUCUACCUACUGAGAUGACAAACCUCAAGUAUCUAAAAAAUAUCUCAUUGUUUGAUAAUCAGUUCUCAGGAGUCAUACCUCAAAGUUUAGGAAUCAACAGCAGCAUAGUGAAGUUGGACUGUAUGAAUAACAAGUUCAGUGGUAAUAUCCCGCCAAAUCUUUGCUUUGGAAAGAAUUUGUGUGAGCUCAAUAUGGGAAUCAAUCAACUACAAGGUGCCAUACCUUCUGAUAUAGGAAGAUGUAAAACUCUAAAGAGAUUGAUUCUCGACGAGAAUAAUUUUAGCGGCCCUCUUCCUUAUUUUGAAAGGAAUCUGAACCUGAAAUACAUGGACAUAAGCAAGAACAAUAUCAGUGGACUAAUUCCAUCAAGUUUGGGAAAUUGCACAAGUCUCACAUAUAUUAAUUUGUCAUGGAACAAAUUUGCUGGACUCGUACCAUCAGAGCUUGGAAACCUUGUGAAUCUUGUGAUUUUGGAUCUUUCUCAUAAUAACUUGCAAGGUUCUUUGCCACUUCGGUUGUCAAAUUGUACUAAACUGGAUCGUUUUGAUGUGGGAUUCAAUUUCCUAAAUGGAUCACUCCCAUCAAGUUUUAGAACUUGGACAGAAAUAACCACAUUGAUUUUAAGAGAAAAUCACUUCACAGGAGGUAUACCAGGGUUUUUGGCAGAACUUAGCAACCUUCGCGAGUUACAACUUGGUGGAAAUUUGUUUGGAGGCAAAAUUCCUCGAUCGAUGGGAAAAUUGCAUAAUUUGUUCUAUGGAUUGAAUCUGAGUGCUAAUGGAUUGAUAGGUGACAUUCCUUCAGAAAUCAGGAAGCUUGGACUACUUCAAAGUCUGGAUAUAUCCUUGAACAAUUUAUCCGGAAGCAUAGAUGCUCUUGAAGAUCUUGUUUCAUUAAUUGAGUUCAAUAUUUCUUACAAUCUCUUCAAUGGUUCUGUACCAAAAUUUCUAAUGAAGUUAUUGUAUUCCUCGCCAUCAUCAUUCAUGGGUAAUCCUCUCCUAUGUGUCAGUUGUUUGAGUUGCAUUAAAACUAGUUAUAUAUAUCCAUGUGUUGACAAAUCAACUGAUCACAAAGGUAUCAGUAAUGUUCAAAUUGUAAUGAUAGAACUUGGAUCCUCAAUAUUGAUUUCUGCUAUUCUGGUAAUAAUAAUUCAAAGGCAUUUCCAUACAAAGGAAUCAGAUACGAAAGAUCUAAACCAAUGGUAUUAUAUUGAUAGAGGAGCUGGAAGGAUUGGAGUCAGAUAUGCUCACGAAUCGAACAUCUUAGGUGAAGAGAAUCCAACCGCCCUUCCGAAUCUAGUGUUGCAAGCUACAGAGAACCUAAGUGAUCAGUAUAUUAUUGGCAGAGGAGCUCACGGUAUUGUGUACAAAGCUUUACUUGGUCAACAUGUUUUUGCUGUAAAGAAGUUUGAAUUCACAAGGAGAAGGGAAAAGCAACUACGUAUGAUGCAAAAAGAAAUUGAAGUGCUUGGAAUGUAUAAGCAUCGAAACUUAAUCAAAUACGCAGACUAUUGGAUUGGAGCUGACUAUGGUUUAGUCUUAUAUGAAUUCAUAGAAAAUGGAAGCCUUCAUGAUAUUUUGCAUGAAAAGAAUCCCCCACCACCCUUAACGUGGAAAGCCAGGUUUAACAUAGCUGUUGGAAUUGCUGAAGGAAUUGCAUAUCUGCAUAAUAAUUGUGUCCCACCCAUAGUGCAUCGAGACAUUAAACCAAAAAAUAUUCUUAUUGAUGACAAUAUGGAGCCAAUUAUAGCUGAUUUUGGUACUGCCCUAUACAGGAAGUUGUCUGAAGAUUCUUAUAGUUAUUCCGAAACCAGGAAAAUGCUUUCAACGAUCGUUGUUGGUACCCCUGGCUAUAUUGCUCCAGAGAAUGCAUAUGUGAUAGUGCAGAGCAGAAAGUCUGAUGUAUAUAGCUACGGCAUUGUUUUGCUCGAGAUAAUAACCAGAAAGAGAGUGGUAGUUCCCUGUUUGAAUGAUGAGUCAAACGUGACCUCUUUAGUGAGCUGGGCUAGAUCUGUAUGGCUGGAAACAGGAAAAAUCGAGUACAUUGCUGAUCCAUACCUUGCAGAAACAUUUCCCAAUUCAGCAGCACUGACCAAGCAAGUCACAUCAAUGUUUUUAUUGGCAUUGCAAUGCACAGAGAAGGAUCUACGUAAGAGACCAACCAUGAAAGAUGUUAUUGGCUUGUAUAAAAGGGACAUGUUUAAGUGGUGUGAUGAGGAGGAAAACCGUGAUGUGAUUGCAUCUGAUACAUCAUUACAAUCAUAUAGUCCUAAUAUUUUCCCUAUCAUUCCAGUUGUCAGCAUUGACCACCAUAUACAUGGAGAAAGCAGUAGGGCUGCAGCUCAAAGACAAAGAGAAGUUACAUUUACUGUGGAGGCUGAAUCCAUGGAUUAUAUUGACUUUCGCUUAUGGCAGGACUUUGAUCAAGUUCGAUAUGGAUUAUGUCUUGAAGAUGAUUGGAGUCGCAUACCUACCAUUUAUAUUGAUGGACUUUUAGUUAAACUAAUGGGAAAUGGUAAGAUAAUGGCUGAAAAUGUUUUGGUCGUAGCUGCUAUGAAUGUUCCAAAAGUAACCUAUGUUUGGCCAAGUUUGAUUUUCCUUCCUUCUGUCGUUGGUCCAAUAGUAACCAAACCUUUCAAUUGGUUUUUUCUCUUACGUUGGGGCCAAUAUAUGCACCUUCGUAAAUCCUUGUCUUAUCAACCCAAAUCGUACUUCAUAAAUGCCAAUAAAAUCAAUGCCCUUCAGGACCUAAUACUGGAAGCUACAGAGAACCUAAAUGAUCGGUAUAUUAUUGGUAGAAAAGCACAUUAUAGUGUGUACAAAGUCAUACUUGGUCAACAAGUGUUUGCUUUAAAGAAGUUUGAAUUUGGAAAGAACAAGCAAAAGCAGCUAAGUAUCAUGUGGAACGAAAUUGAAGUCCUUGGAAUGUUUAAGCAUCGAAAUUUAAUCACAUACACAGACUACUGGAUUGGAGGUCAUUAUGGUUUAGUCUUAUGUAAAUUCAUGGAAAACGGAAGCCUUCAGGAUAUUUUGCAUGAGAAGAAACCCUCACUGCCAAUUAUGUGGAGCGACCGGUUUAAGAUUGCUGUUGGAAUUGCUAAAGGUUUGGCACAUCUGCAUUACAAUUGUAUGCUACCGUUAAUGCACGGAGACAUCAAUCCAAAGAACAUAUUUCUUGAUGCGAAUAUGGAGCCUAUUAUAGCUGAUUUUGGUACUGGCCUGAUAUGGGACCUGUCGAAGGUUUCUUAUAGUCACUCUGAAACCAGCCAAAUGUUGUCGUUGCACGUUAUUGGUACCCCGGGUUAUAUUGCACCAGAGAAUGCAUAUAUAGUGGGGCAAGGAAGAAAGUCUGAUGUAUAUAGCUACGGAGUUGUUUUGCUCGAGCUAAUAACCAGAAAGAAAGUGUUUGUUUUCUCUUUGAAUGAUGCGACAACUUUAGUGAGUUGGGCUAGAUCUAUAUGGCUGGAAACAGGCAAAAUUGAGAAUAUUGUUGAUCCAUACCUUGCAAAUUCAUUUCCCAAUUCAGCAGCACUAGCCAAACAAGUGACGAAAGUGUUUUUAUUGGCAUUACAAUGCACGGAUCGGGACCUACGAAAUAGACCGACCAUGAAAGAUGUUAUUGACAUGUAUAAUAGUGACUUGUUUAACUGGAGUCGUGGCGAGGUCGAACAUCGUGAUGCAGUUGCAGCUAAUCAUAAUGCAAGUGGCCAAUUGUUAUAAUGUAAAUAACAAAAAAAUUACAUACAGAACUACUAGAGUUGUACCUUUAUUUACAUUGCACAUCAAUAUAAAUAUACACUAAGAAUUAAGAAAAAUAAUUCAAUGAACUCUCUAUUGAUCUUUUCCCUGAGAAAUUGUUUUGCUCAUUCUCAAAAGCAAAAGAUAUCACAUACUAAAGCUAAUUAGAUGCUAAUUAGAUUAACUAGUAGCUACUUUUAUGUAUUUUGAUCAAAAGCUUUGAGAAAUUAUGUUGUUAUGAAAUUAUUCAUUGCAAAGAGAUAUUGAAAGCUAUUGUUGAAGAUUUAUCACA